CUAUGUCUCCACUAAACCCCCUAAUAUUGACGAAAUCAAUAACAAACAAUGAAGGCGACACAUAAUACAUUAACCCAUUUUUCCAAAAAGGGCAACGCUUUCAUGGCGAGAUUCUUAAGAAGACAACGGCACCAGCAGUUGCCGCAAAGUCUUCAAAUCCUCAAUCCAAGAAGACUAUUUUCGCCUUCAAGAAGAGCCUUUCGUUGGCUGUUAAUAACCCUCACCUUCAUCGCCGUCGUUCCUCCCGUUUUCUUCCACUUCAGACUCCGCCACUUUCACCAAAUGCAAUUGAAGAAGUGUGAUUGGCUAAAUGAUCCUCCUUUUGUGUGUGCUCAUGGUGGUGACUCAAUAAACGCAUUCCCAAACACUAUGGAUGCAUAUCGAUCUGCUAUUCAUUCUCAAGCAGACUGCAUUGAAAUUGAUGUUUCUCGUUCAUUAGAUGGAGUUUUGUUUGCUCUUCAUGAUAGGGAUUUGCAACAGAUAUCUGGUAACAGUUCUUCUAAAGUUGGGCACUUGAGCAUGAAAGAGAUAAAAGGAUUGGGUGCUGCACAUCGGGUUGAUCACAAGUCAAAUGAUCAAGAAAUUCCCACUGUUGAAGAGGCUUUGACAUUUGUGUCAAAUUCAGUAACGCAGGUAAUUCUGGAUGCAAAGGUUGGCCCACCCAUGUAUGAAAAGGGCCUUGCCAAGGAUAUUCUUUCAGUUGUUCAAAGGACAAGAUGUAAGAAUUGCCUUGUUUGGGCCAAAAGUGACAAUUUAGUAAGGGAUAUAAUCAGACUGUCAUCUGAUGUUACGAUGCUGUUGGUGCAGGUGGGCUACAUUGUCAUGGUGGAUCCAAAAACUGGAAUUAGAAACAACUUAUUAAGGAUUAAAAAAGCUAAAGUGGUUGGUGUCUACCACCCAUUGAUUGACGGAAAGCUUGUGAGUAUUCUUCGCAGGAGGAAUAAAAAGGUAUAUUCUUGGACUGUUGAUGAUGAGGAUUUGAUGAGAAAGAUGUUGUACGAAGGCAUUGAUGCCAUUGUUACAAGCGAUCCCACUUCACUUAGAGUUGUGAUGCAAGAAGUCAGAACUCAAUGCCUCGAAGACGGUUUUUCUGUGCAAAGAUAGUGUUCAAAUGAUGCUCUGGCUUCGUCUAUAAUAUCGAUCGGAUUAUUUUGCGAUAAAUUUUUCAUGCAUAGGCUUAGAUUAUCGAUCUUUUUAUAUGCCAUUUGACAUUAAUAAUCCAUUUGUAAUGACAUUUUUUUUUUUUUUGGUUAUAGAGGUGGAAUUUUAUGUUUCAAAAGAAUUUGUUACCAUUGGAGAAAUUUACAAGGACUCUUAUUAUAUCACUAUUCUUUUAUUAUCACUAUAA